AUGGGCCGGGGCCUCAGGAUUGGGGGCUCACUGAAACGGGAAGGCGGUGUGUUUGUUACGUUCAGAGGUCUGGUAAAUCGCAGAAGUCUGCAAGUCAUACUGCGUAUCGCAAUUCGCUGCGUCCUUCAUCGUUGUGUGAGCCAAGACAUCCAUCGCUGA